AUGUCCCAGCGGGUGAGGCGCAAUGGGUCCCCCACGCCGGCCGGCUCCCUCGGGGGCGGUGCGGUCGCCACGGCCGGGGGAGCCGGGAGCCGCCUGCAACCCAUGAGGGCGACGGUUCCGUUCCAGCUGAAGCAGCAGCAGCAACAUGGCAGCCCCACGCGGAGCAACGGCGGCGGCGGCGGCAACAACGGCGGCUGCUGUGGUGGCGCCUCAGGCCCCUCAGGCGGCGGCGGCGGCGGCGGCGGCGGCGGGGGCCCGCGCACCGCCUCGCGCAGCACGAGCCCCACGCGCGGCGGCGGGAGUGCGGCCGCGCGCACCAGCCCCACUGUGGCCACGCAGACGGGCGCGUCCGCGACGUCCACGCGAGGCACCAGCCCCACGCGCGGCGCCGCGCCCGGGGCUCGCGGGAGCCCCCCGCGGCCACAGCCCCCGCCGCCGCUGCUGGGCACCGUGUCGUCGCCUUGCUCGUCGCCCACCCACCUGUGGACUGGCGAGGUGAGCGCGGCCCCACCCCCAGCCCGCGUCCGGCACCGGAGAAGGUCCCCGGAGCAGAGCCGUAGUUCCCCGGAGAGGAGGAGCCCAAGCGCCCCGGUUUGCAAAGCAGGUGACAAAACACGACCACCAUCUUCGAGCCCCUCUAGUAUUAUCCGCCGGACUUCCUCUCUGGAUACACUUGCUGCCCCAUACCUUGCAGGACACUGGCCUCGUGAUAGUCAUGGGCAAGCUGCUCCUUGCAUGAGGGACAAGGCUACACAGACAGAGAGUGCAUGGGCCGAAGAAUACUCUGAAAAGAAGAAAGGGUCUCACAAGCGUUCAGCAUCGUGGGGCAGUACAGAUCAACUUAAGGAGAUUGCAAAAUUACGCCAGCAAUUGCAGAGAAGUAAACACAGCAGUCGACAUCAUCGAGAUAAAGAAAGACAGUCUCCAUUCCAUGGCAACCAUGCAGCUAUUAACCAGUGUCAGGCUCCUGUUCCAAAGAGUGCACUUAUUCCAGUAAUUCCCAUCACCAAAUCAACGGGCUCCCGGUUCCGGAAUAGUGUGGAAGGAUUGAAUCAGGAGAUUGAAAUAAUCAUUAAAGAGACUGGGGAAAAGGAAGAACAACUUAUACCACAAGAUAUUCCAGAUGGCCAUCGUGCACCGCCCCCGCUCGUCCAGAGAAGUAGCAGCACACGCAGCAUCGACACGCAGACCCCCGGGGGGGCGGACAGGGGAAGCAACAGUAGCAGCCGCUCUCAGUCUGUGUCCCCCACAUCAUUCCUCACCACCUCAAAUGAAGGUAGCGAAGAGAGCCCUUGUUCGGCUGAUGACCUGCUUGUUGAUCCCAGGGAUAAAGAGAAUGGGAACAACUCUCCUUUGCCCAAAUAUGCAACCUCACCAAAACCUAACAACAGUUAUAUGUUCAAAAGGGAACCUCCUGAGGGCUGUGAAAGGGUCAAAGUCUUUGAGGAAUGCUCGCCAAAACAACUCCAUGAAAUCCCAGCCUUUUACUGUCCUGACAAAAACAAAGUGAAUUUCAUUCCUAAAAGCGGCUCUGCCUUCUGCCUCGUCAGCAUCCUCAAGCCACUCCUUCCCACACCAGAUCUCACCCUCAAGGGCUCUGGUCACAGUCUGACAGUUACCACUGGUAUGACCACCACUCUGCUGCAGCCUAUUGCUGUGGCCUCCCUGUCUACAAACACAGAGCAAGACCGAGUCUCUCGAGGAACGAGUACAGUCAUGCCAUCAGCCUCUCUACUCCCACCACCAGAACCCAUUGAGGAAGCUGAAGGAUAGGUGUGACCGUUUUUCUGGGCAACUGAGAACCUCCUCAGAUCAUUUCAUUG